AUGGCUUAAAGUCAGGAUUGUGGACCUCAUAAUUUAGAUCGAGAAUUAAUGAUGAAUAUGAAAGGAUGUAAUGAUUAUAACUUUUAUAAAGUGGUGGAGGAUAAUAUGAUUUGCAUGGAAGGAAAGAAGGUACAUGGGUAGAGUUAGAUGAUUGCUUAAGUAGGUAGCUUAUUUUAAGUUUUAAUCAAAGAACUGUUUAAGUUAUUUGUAAAGGUGAAUAUAAAAAUAAUAAAAAAUAUGGUAAAUGGAGUACUAAAUUCGAAGGAGAAAUUAUGUAUCUAAUAAUAUGCUGAUAAAAUAAUUAGAGGAGGUGGUUUUUAUAAUUUAGAAGGAAUGAAGGAAGGAAAUUGGGUUGAUUUGAGAGAUAGGUUUUCGAGAUAUAAUAACACCAUUUAUCAAGGUGAAUACAAACAAGGUAGAAGAAGUGGUAAAUGGACGAUUGUGUAAAUAGAAGAAACCAAAUAUGAUGGUGAAACCUUUUAAAAUAGGAUUUAAAUGUAAGAAACCAAAAUAAAAAUUAGUGGAGGUGGUUAUUUUGAUAAUCAUGGAUUAAAGUAAAUGGGAAGAAUUGAGUAGCGAUUAUUAUUUCGACAAGCAAGUUAUAUUCACUGGUCAAUAUUAAAAAGGUACAAAAAGAGGUAUUUGGAAUACUCUGUGGAAGGAGAGUUCUUUGUACCUUUCAAAUUGGUGUAAUGA